GACACGAUAUAUUAUUAUGAAACUGUUUUAUAGCGAAUAUAAUAUAAUUACCAUGCAUGUUCUCGGUAAACGAAUUGUGUUUUUCUGUAUUAUAUGCACUUGUGCGAGUAUGUGUGAUAUAUAUAUACAUAUUAUUGUAGCUGCAUUUGCUCGUAUAUAACGAACGAAAUAUGUAAUAUCGUUUAUUUUUUGCAUAUGUGCGUAAAUACGUAUAUAUAUUAUAAUAAUGUAUAAUCAAUAGUAAUACGCAUUGCGUGCGGUUCGAACACACAUAGACAACUACUAUAUAGGUACACUAUAUUGCCCAUAUUCGUAACAGCUAUUAUAAUAUAUAUAAUAUUAUCAUGUGUCCCGUAUUGUUGUGACUUUCUAAUAGUAAUAGGUACACAAUAUUAUAUUAUUAUGUAUAUGUUCGCUGGCUUUUCGACGACCGCCGCGCCGUUGGAACCGCGAUUCUACAGAUCACGAGCGACAAGGUGUGUUUGCUCACGCCAAAAGCCGGAGUCAUCCCGCCGAUGAUGACCGUGUUGAUGAGUUUCCAGAGAGAAGUCUGGAUGAUGACGGCAAUCACUUGCGUACUGGUCACCGUCAUAUACUUCGCGGCCGCGGAGUUGGACACGCACAGGCCCGGACUCAGGGGGUCCGACUUGGGGCUGGAAAUCUACAGAAUGUUCAUCGGCUCACCGACCAACCGGAUUUUCGCUCUGUCCUGUCGCAGGAUAUUGACUUCGUUUUGUCUGUUUUUUACACUUGUCAUUUUGAACGCUUUCCAGGGAUCACUGGUGACGUUCUUGAGCACUCCGAUGCACUAUCCCGAUGUCAAUACGUUUACUGACCUGAAACAGUCGGAUUUGCCAAUUCGAACGUCCAGCAUCAGCUUCAAGGAAAUAUUAACCGGAGAUCCAAACUUGAAGUCUCUAGCCUACCGAGUCGAGAAGUGGGAAAAAGAAGUAGACAUUCAUAAUUCUGACGGCCAGUUCGCUGGAUUUGAGCGCGUUAACGUCUUUAAUUUGGGGCAUUUCAAAGACGUCCUGUUCAUCGCCAACAGGAACAACACUCGCGUUCUACAUACAAUGAACGAGUGUCUGAUAUCGUACUUUAUAUCAUACGUAGUUCAUAGGUUGUGAUAAAGAUAAAUACUUUUAUAGAAACCACAUUUUUUCCAUGAAACUUUACAAAAUAUGUAAGUAAUGUUCACUUGCUUUUUUAAUUUUUUAAUUUUUAGGAAUUCGCCGUAUAAAAGAAGAAUAAAUAUCUUGCUGUCGUGGAUCGAUCAGGCUGGACUGGUACUCAAGUGGAACGGUGACGUUUCCAAGUACAUAUUUAAUAAAUACAAGCCAAUCAAUCCAAAAGAUUACGAUACUUCGAAAGUUUUUUCUGUCAGAGAUCUCGAAAUAGCAUUCAUUGUUUUAUCAUUCGGAAUUAUCUUGAGCAUCACUGUAUUUAUCAUUGAAAUGAUGAUGAUGAUGAUGUACAAAGCACCAAAAAUGCGCACACCACACCCUCCUCAUUUUCCAUUCUUGCAUUAAUACACUGCCAUUAAUCAACGUAAUAUAUUAUAAACUAAUACUUUCUACUUUAAUACAUAAUAUUCAGUAUUUUUUAUUUUGUUUUAAAUACUUUAUCGCUAUAAAAACUACAG